UAUUGUCCAUUUUGUGAAAAACCUAAAACGAGAAGAAAUUGAGUGAGACAGAAAGAAAUGAAGAUCGGAAUCACGAAUCAGGAUCCAAAAGAAUGAUCCAUCUCUUUCCGAUGAUCUCUUGAAAAAGAAAGGAGAAAAUAAUAAAAAUCCACCAAUCAUAAUAACUUCUUCAAACACUGCAUCAUCACCAAAAACCCAUUUCAGAAAUCAAAAUCAGAAAAUGGGUAGCUUAUUAUACCAAGCACUUACAUCCUCAUCACUGAUUCUAUUAGGUCUUUACCACCUAAUCUUCACAACCCUAAACUAUCUCAAAUCCCCACACAACUACACAUCCAAACCCUACCACCCACUUCCCACCACCUCCCACCCUCGUCUCCGCCCUAUUCAACUCUACUUCAUCAUCUUCUCUCUCUCCAUCGCCAUCCUCCACCACCUCAUCCUCGCCACCGACAACGAUCCCUUAAUCAAAGGCUCCACCCCUGUACACCGUCUCACUUCUCUCCAAUCCGCUUCCCUCCUCUUCCUCUUCCUCCUCCUCUCCCUCUCUCUCCUCCUCCCCCUCCGUCUCCCUCAUGAAUUCUCCUUCUCUCUCCUCUCUCUUCUCUUUCUUCUCCACUCCUCUCUUCAAACCAAUCUCUCCUCUCUUCAAACCUCCUCCCUUGAAGCCAAAUGCGACUCCGUUUCAUCAAACCUCUCAGCUCUUGCUUCCUUUAUGUGUUUACUUCUUACACUCUUUCCUCGUCUUUUCCCCGCAGACGUCGGACUCGCUGCCUCCCUUUGUCUGCGUGGAUUUUGGGCUCUGCAAACUGGCUUAACCCUCUAUGCAGACCCUUUUAUUCCUGAGGGGUGUCAUAGACUUCUUGAUGUUGUUAAUGGUGUUGAAGGUUCUACUAAAUGUGAUCUUGAUGAGUCCAAGUUUAGAGCGCUUGCUAUUCUUGAUCUUGCUUUUGUGGUUUAUGUUAUGUUGGUUAUGAUUGUUGUGUUGGUUGUUUAUGCUGUUGUUGCGUCCGCGGUUGGUGGUGUUAGAAGAGUGGGAUCUUACGAGUCUUUGCCCACUGCUGGUUCUUCGUCGCCUACGGAUUCUAAUCAUAUUCAGAUGAAAGCUUUGGCUGGUACACAGGCUUGAGUAGGAGGUUCUUUUUGUUAUUUUGAGUUUUAUUUGGUGCCUAUUUUUGUAUUAGGUUAUGAUUUGUGACUGUGAACAGAGUUACUUCCAAUUUGUUUUUAAUUGUUAUCAUCGUUAAGAAAUGUAGGGACUUUGUGAAUAUACAUCAAAUGCUUAUUUAAUGAUAAUUAAUCAGUGAGAUCACAGUCUAGUUGCUUGUUACUUAGA